AUGACCAAGGACGACAUCAAUUGCAAUCUAGAGCCUGAAGUGGAGGCACAAGGUGUGAAGGACAUCUUGGAAGGGCUGACGGAGGAAGAAAAGGCGGCACUGGCGGACGAUGAAAUGCCACUCCGUCAUUUUCGAGCCGAAAAGGGAAACGUUAAAAAGGCAUUGAAGCAAAUCAAGGCUACUAUCAAAUGGCGAGAUGAAUUUCAAGUGGUGACGCUACGAGAUUGCUUCCGCAAAGACGAAGCAGAAGCCAACAAUGACAAGGAAGGAGGAGAUCGACUGACAGCAGCUGAAUUUCAAGAAAUUUUGCGUCAAGAAGAUGCCACGGGCAAGAUUUACGUCCGUGGGUACGACAAGGAUGGUCGCGCGGUAGUGUACAUGCAACCCUCUCGAGAGAACACCAAACACGAAACCAACAAUAUGCGUCAUUUGGUGUGGAAUAUGGAAAAAGCCAUUGCCAUUUCGACGCGUCAGGGAUAUUCCAAAAUUGCCUUUGUCAUUGAUUACACGGGAUUUAGUUUGUGGAAUGCUCCACCGCUCAGUACCAACAAGUACACGUUGGAUAUUAUGCAACGGCAUUAUCCCGAACGAUGUCAUCGCUUUUAUUUGACCAAUGCACCCUUUUGGUUCAAGGCAUUCUGGGGCACUGUACGACCCUUUGUGGAUGCUCAUACCAAAGAAAAGAUUGUCAUGUGUACAUCCGGUAAUAAGGAUGUUUGGAUGGAGAGUUUGGGUGGAGAUCCGGCUCGGUUGGAGCCGUUCUUGGAUGGAACGCAUACGUAUGAGUUCAAUGUGGACGAGUAUUUUGCAUUGCCGUUUGAUGCCGCAGUGGAUGAUGACAUGUUUGACGAUAUAGUGGUCAAGAAGGAAUAG